GAUACUUUCUCUACGUAAACAAGAAGGUUUGGAUAGGAAGUCUGCUAAAAAAAAAUGUUACAGCUGACCACAAGGUUGUAAAUCCACAGACUGGAAGGAAGAAAAGAGAAACAUAGCAGGCGACUGAAGUGUGUGUGGCUGCAAUGUUUGUGGGUUAGAUGAGAAACUAGCGCUGAGUGAAACCAAGAAGGGAAGGGGGUGGUUGCCUGGUGUGAUUUGCUUGAUGUUCAGAGCCAAUAGAAAUCCCAGACUGUGCUAAUAUCCCAGUGCAGCGCGGAGACAGUCAGCUAAGUCUCAGGCGCCUUUCACAUCUACAAGCGCUGCCAGCCCAGCGCGGGGCCACACGGCGCAGGGACCAUCUACUCUGCUUGUUCUCAAGCAGGACGCUGCUAUUACAGGAGUCUGCUGGAGUCCGCCUCUGGUCGAAGUGAAAAGCGGCAGUAGGAAAUCAAAUUUAAAUCCCGCUGUGGACUAUAUUACUCAGAGAAAGGAGAGUGAGAGAAAGAGAAGGGACCCAAGGAGGAAGCUUCCAUCGCACGUCAUUGCAGGAUGUUCUGGAAGCUUUCUCUGUCCUUGUUCCUGGUUGCUGUGCUGGUAAAGGUGGCGGAGGGUAGAAAGAAUCGGCCCGCGGGAGCCAUCCCUUCGCCUUACAAAGAUGGCAGCAGCAACAAUUCUGAGAGAUGGCAGCAUCAGAUCAAAGAGGUGCUGGCCUCCAGCCAGGAGGCCCUUGUGGUCACGGAGCGCAAGUACCUCAAGAGUGAUUGGUGCAAGACGCAGCCGCUGCGGCAGACAGUGAGCGAAGAAGGCUGCCGCAGCCGCACCAUCCUCAACCGAUUCUGCUAUGGCCAGUGCAACUCCUUCUACAUCCCGCGCCACGUCAGGAAAGAGGAGGAGUCCUUCCAGUCCUGCGCCUUCUGCAAACCGCAGCGCGCCACCUCCGUCCUCGUGGAACUCGAGUGCCCCGGCCUGGACCCCCCCUUCCGACUCAAAAAAAUCCAGAAGGUGAAGCAGUGCAGGUGCAUGUCGGUGAACCUGAGCGACUCGGACAAGCAGUGAGCUCCGGAGCAGGGUGCCGCUCCCCCGUUCCGUGAGUGCCCUGCCCUCCGGGUCGCGCUGUCACCGCCUCUGUCCCUGUCCACCGAGCUCACUCACACGCUGUCUGCCCUCUCCCCAUGGGCAGCAAGCGCAGCUGCCUGGGGUUGACGGCGUCCUAGUCACAAACACGGACGCUAGGGGGGCCUUGCUGAUGUAUUUCUGACCGACCCCGGGCCUCACCUGUGCCUCACAUGUCAGGCUGAGCAGCAGGUCCGAAGGAAGAUGCUGGAGAAUCGCCAGCCACCACCCAGUUGUCGGAGAGAAGCUUUGGGAUGAUGAUGGACUUUUGUCAAUAUGCACUGAUGUUUCCACCAUGUGGAAAAGCGAGUAUUUCUCUGGCCUAGACUACAAGUCAUUUCCCCUUCUCCCAUAAAAAUGAAAGGUGUUCAUUCCUCCUCCUCGAAUCUCUCCUGCUGGUGUAUGACCUCUGCCUGAGAUUAUUCAUUCAAGUGAUUCACAGGCUGCUUUUUGCCAGUCGUGAUGCUGAUUUGGACCAGGUCUUGUGUAAGGAUGUCUGGGUUGACAGAAGGUUAGCCUAAGGAACCUGAUAGCCACAGGAAAACCUGAGUCAUUUGGAUGACAAAGUGGGCUUCCCUAGGACUUUGUUAAUAGCAGACCUGACACGCCCUUCCACUAGCCAUCACUGCCUCUUCUUUCCCACUUACCCUAAUGCCAUCCAUGGGCUGAAGAUAAGCUCUGGUGUGCAUGCUAUUAUCGCUGCAAUUAGAAUAUUAUUACACACAAAAGGUCUCUCUGUUAACAGCGGUUUUAUAAUUGACCUGUAUCAUAAAAUACUAUUUCAAAAAAGUAUUAUAACUCUAUCCAUCUAUUACUUCACGUGUUUGAUUAGGCUUUGCAGCACCAUUCAUAGUACAGACCAGAGCAGGUUGGUGAUCUGCUUCCAGCAAAGUGAUUUACUCAUAAAUGCCUAAUCAGCAGCUUACUGUCAUGCACCUACUCAUAAACUGGGCAGGGAAAUUGGAAGAGUUAUAAUUUUACAUUGGCUAUAUUUCACUGAAGUUACUAAAGCAUAGCACAAUGCAAAAACUGGGUUGGGGGAGGAGACACACUGGGAAGUUGUAAGCCUAAAAUUGAAAAGACUCUACACUAUUUAAUACACACAUGUGGAGUGAAAUUUUUACACCAGCUAACUACCAUGACACAAAACAAACAUUUCCUGUUAAAAGAAAUAAAUACUUUAAAAAUAUAAGGAACUGAAUCACUCUGUGAUAUAGAAUAAAAUGUUAAAGAAUAAAUAAUAUAUGUGGGACAGAAAUCUUGUUGAGCAGAAAACAACUAGCUUUCUUUUCAAAGAAUAAACUUUAAAGUGGAUGAGUAAACAUUAGUUCACCUUUCAUUAUUAUUAUUGUUGACCUUUUAUGUUGCUAUCUCUUAAAAGAACAACAUUGACAUGAUUUAUUUUUCAUGCAAAAUUCUACUUACUUUAAACACCUUUCUUAAAUUGCCCCACAGAAUCUUCCCUGCAAGUAAUGUUUAAGAAAUCUGAUAAAUGUGAAUAAGCUGCCAUUGAUGAUAAACAACAGACUUGUGAAAAUCUGUCUUUGGUAAUUCUGAAAAACACAAUCUCAGGUGAAGUCUCAAAUUCUCCUCCUAAGAGAAUCCCAAAAGGCCCAGUUUCUGGGUGUGUGAGAGGCUCUCUUCAUGCUUCCUUGGGAACUGAGGCUUCUUGCUAUUAGACAAUGAUUGGGGAUCUAAAGACAUUCACCUGGAAAGCAAGGAUUCAAGUGGGGCAUUAAUUGCACAUUUCAUUCCUGUCUGUAGCACCAUGAAACCCAAGGAAAACAUAUUGCUGGGGCUGGGUGGUAUCGCACCUGGUUGAGCGCACAUGUGCAAGGACCUGUGUUACAAUGUGCAAAAGGACCUGUGUUCGAGCCUCCAGUCCCCACCUGCAGAAGGAAAGCUUCAUGAGUGGUGAAGCAAUGCUACAGGUGUCUCUCUGUUUCUUUCCCUCUCUAUCUCCCCCUUCCUCCAGAUUUUUGUCUGUCUCUAUCUAAUGCCUAAAUAAAGACAAUAAAAAACUUAAAAAAAGAAAACAUAUUGCUUUGACUUCAGAAAUAUAACCAUCCAGCCCUAAAUUGGGAAGCAGGAAUUAAAAAAAAUCCUUGCGGGGUAGGGAUAAAAAGUAGAGAAGCAGUUAAAGUUCAGAAUUUUUUUUUUUUUGCAUUUGGUGGAAAACCUCACAUCAGAUUCAGUGGCAGAACAAAGAGCAGAAAAGCUGUGAAAGAAAGAUGUCCAUGUGAUUGUAAUGACCACUAAUGGUGUGCAGGAGCAGACAGAGAGAGGAGUUGCCAACCCAUUUACAAAGUGAGCCCCUGUCAUUUUAUUCAUACAGAACCCUAAUAGAUAGGGGUAGGGUUACACUAUGCACAAAAUACAAACAUGAGUACACUCUCUUUGAAACCAAUUGUAGAUGAGAUGUAGCAAUGAAAUCAACAUGAUAUGCUGCAAUCUCAAGCUCCUUCUGGGGGCCACCAUAUAUAUAAAGUUUACCUUCUAAUGGCUUAAAUUGUAUUUAAUUGGUUUUUCGUUUAUUAAUGAAGAAAAACUAUAAGUAGAAUGUAAUUAUUUUAUAGUUGUAUUAAGUUAUAGAGCAAAUAAAAAUAGGAUUGUAUGUGA